AUGAAUCGUCAACAUAGUUUGAAUUACGCUUCUGAUUCUCUCCGCCGCCGUGAAUUUGUAAGUUUCAGGUCCUUGUUUUUAACUAUAAGUUUCGUUAUUCAAUGUUUUCAUUCAAUUUCUUGCAGCAACAAUACCCGUGGUACAUACAACAAAUGUUCAAGGUUUUCGAAUUGGUCUAUUUCAUAUGUAUGACAAUAUUCACGUUCUUCUCACAGUUAGUGAAGCGCGUUUACAGAACGGUACCAACAAAACAUUUUUUCAUUCAAUGAACUUAUUUUCAGUAUUGCAAAAAGCAGGUGAUCCGAUAUGAACAUAUCCCACUGUCUCCAUUGACUGCCCAUCGUUUAAGUAGGAUUCAGGAAAUGUUUGAAAGAAAAUGGACGAACUUUUCAGCGUCUGUGAGGAAGAAAAUUAUGGUGCUAGAUUUGGACGAAACUCUAAUUCAUUCCCACCAUGACGGCGUAGUACGACCAAUGGUUAAGCCGGGCACUCCGUCAGAUUUCACUAUCAAGGUUUCUUUUAUAACGAUUUAGAAAACUAUGAAAGAACUUGUUAAGGUUGUGAUCGACAAACAUCCAGUCAAAUUUUCGGUUCAUGAGAGACCGCAUGUAGAGUAUUUCUUAGCCGUUAUCAGUGAAUGGUUGGUUCUCUUUUCUGUUGAAAAGUAAAUGUUUGUGCCGUGUUCAAAGUAAUUUCCGCGAAAUGCAAAAUGGUCUCUGACCCUCCAAAAUUUAGUUAUCUUUCUCUUUCUCUGACAGCUAUUUUGAAUUUCGAGGAAUCACUUUGAACACGGCAUUGAAUAAGAUGUAUCCUCUCAUUUUUAUUGUUAAUUUGUUUGCAGGUACGAUUUAGUUGUUUUUACGGCAAGUAUGGAAGUUUAUGGGUCCGACGUAGCGGAUAAGUUGGACCGCGGACGCGGAAUACUCAAUCGAAGGUCAGAAUUUGGGAUAAAUUUUCUUGAGGAGUUUGAAAAUUCUCAGAUAUUUCCGGCAACAUUGCACUAUGGAUUAUGGCGGCUACACGAAGGACCUUUCAGCUAUCAAUCCAGACCUUUCUUCCAUUUUCAUCCUUGACAACUCGCCAGGCGCCUACCGCAAAUUUCCACGUUAGUUUCUUUUAUUUUCUACGCAAAUAGUUUCAUAAACUUUAGGUGAAAUUUUUUUCGAAAAGGUCUCGUUCCCGAGUUUCUCAAGACAAGAUAAAAUUUAACAUGACGCUCUUUCUUCCAACUCCGCCCCAAACACAAAUGGCACAAAAAAAGUCUGCUCUUAAUUAAUUUAAGUCAAAAACGAUAAAAAUUUGUUGGCCACCUAUGUAUCGAGAAUAGAAUUGGAAAUAGAAAGAUCUGAAACUUUUCUCUAAAGGCAGAGGAGCUAAUUAAAAGGUCCGGAAUCAAUAAGUAAGGUUAUUUAUUCAGAACGGGUUGAUGCUUCCGACACUUUGAAACGUUGGACGAAUAUUAGAAAAACCAAGUAUCUAAAUAGAAAAAGAGCAAAUUAAACGUUUAUUGUGAAGAUACGACUGGAGAAAGUGAAGAGUUGGCUUCUAGACAACGCGAUUCCGAUUCCGUCGUGGUUCUCGGAUCCGAACGACACAUGUCUUCUGGAGCUGCUGCCGUUUCUCGACGCCCUCAGGUUCACUUCAGACGUCCGCAGCAUUUUGUCACGCAACCAGCAGGGCUUCGCCCAGAACUGGUAA